GAGGUGCGGCCGCCGGCAGAUAUAGCCGAGCCGAGCCGAGCGGGACCCAACGGGAUCGAGUAAAGCUGAACCGAGGUGAGCGAACCCGCUCUCCCCAUGGCGAGGUCGCGGCUCCCUACGUGAUCGGCGCUGGGCCCUCAGUGUCCCCGUCCCGUGCCCGGACAAGGCCGCCCGAGCGGGGCCGGGGCGGGGUCGCCGAGCCGCGCCCGCACGGCCGUGCGACCGUUCCGCUCCUCGUCUUGACAGGGCUCCGCGACCGCCCGCGCAGCAGCAUGUCUGUGAAGAAACUGAUCGUGGUGUUCGGGGCAACCGGGGCCCAGGGGGGCUCCGUCGCCCGGGCUCUGCUGGAAGAUGGGAUCUUCAGGGUCCGUGCGGUGACACGGGACCUCACCAAGAAAGCGGUCGAGGAGCUGAAGCAGAGGGGAGCUGAGGUGGUGAAGGCAGAUCAGGAUGAUGAGCCAUCGCUGGAGCAGGCCUUGGCAGGUGCUUAUGGAGCCUUUGUUGUGACCAACUUCUGGGACCAUGGCAGCAAAGAGAGAGAAAUCACACAGGGAAAGCGUCUAGCUGACCUGUCGAAGCGCCUCAGUCUGCAACACGUAGUGUACAGCGGCCUGGAGAAUGUGAAGCAGCUGACAGGAGGCCAGCUGGAAGUGCCCCACUUUGAUGGCAAAGGUGUGGUGGAGGAGUAUUUCCAGAAAACUGGUGUUCCCACCACAAUCAUCCGACUGCCGUUCUACUUUGAGAACUUCCUCACCUUCUUCAAGCCACAGAAGGCCUCGCAGGGAGACACCUUUGUGCUGUCACUGCCCAUGGAGGACUGCCCUAUGGAUGGGAUGGCCGUGGAGGACCUUGGGCCUGUUGUCCUUAGCCUGCUGAAGUCCCCGAAGGAGUACAUAGGCCAAGUGAUUGGGCUUAGCACUGGCAAGCUCACUGAGGCAGAGUAUGCUGCUGUCCUCUCCCAGCAGAUGGGCAAGACUGUGGAAGCCAGCAAGGUAUCACGAGAGAAGUUUGGGAAACAGGACUUCCCUGGGGCCAAGGAACUUGCUGCUAUGUUCAGUUUCUAUACCCUGAAGCCAGACCGCAACGUCGACCUGACCAUGAAAUUGAACCCCAAGGCCCGCACUUUCCAAGAGUGGGUGGCAGACAACAAAGCCGCCUUCUGACCUCCCCCCUCCUCCUCUUCACCCCAGCUGCUGCAGCCCAGAGUGACUGAGCUGCCUGAGGAAGGGAGCUGGGCUAAGCACACUGCCUUUCUCCUCAUGCUGGCAACAGGCUGACCCUGUGGCACAGUGCAGAGCUGUGCUCUGGGGCUGUGCUGCAGCUGAGACUGGGCCCAGCAGGAGCAGGAGGAAAGGCUGCAGACCUGCAGCAGCAGGUGGAAGCAGCAGUACCUGUGUAAGCUUUCUGCAGGGAGCAGAUUCCCAAGUGAUUCCGGGUGUUCUCAUGACUCUGGGGUGGUGGCAGUGGCUUGUGGCAGGAUCAUUCUCUUUUGCAGGCAGCUCCGAGCACGCAGUACCCUUUGGUGGGCUGAAGGUGUAGUUGCCUCUGGGCCCCUACGGCAGGACCUGCACUGCUGCAGGCUCCUAAGCAAGGAGGAAAGAUGAGGGUUUCUCCAUGGACCAGGCUGGGGCAGAGCUGGAGAGGCAGCGCUGCACUGGCAUCACCCUGGCCAAGGGGAUGACAUGCAGACAGACGUCCUGUAGAGCGGGAAGGGCCAUUGGGCGAGACCUCUGCAAGCCUGCCCGGCUGCAGGAUGUGAGACUCACUUAAAAGGUUCCUGCCCUCAUACUACCCUGUGCUGAGGGCACGGCAGCCUUUGAGCUUUGAGUCAGCUGCAGGCCCUAGAGCAACUCUCCAGCCAUCCUGCCCUGUCCUCUCCUGGGCCAAUAGGAAACCUUCUCUCCUGGUACUGGGGGCAGGGGUGACAGCGGGGGGCUGGAGGAGCAGACAAGGCAGCAAAACACAGUGGGUGUUAAACAUCUUUAUGAAAUCAAUCUUAUUUACAUGGAUAGAGAAUCACUGUACAGUCUAAUCAGGAGGGAAGGUGUACUUUAUGUCAGCAAAUUAAGAAGGAUGAGACUAGGACACAUCCUCAUUUCAUGAGUGGAUCAGCAUAGAGGCUGGCGGUGCCUGCACAGUGUAACUAACAACAGCUUCAGCAACCACGGAACUACUGCACCAGCUCACACCUGCCUGGGAGGAGGGAUCCCCUGCACUUGACUCUCACACGUGUUCUUGGACAAAUCAUUUAUGCUAUGAGUGUUGCGCUAAUUAAUAAAAGCUUUUGCCCCAGCUGGCACAAUG